AUGAGCAGAUUUGGUUUCCAAGAGGAAGAUGACCUACUCAGCAAUUCUGUUAAUCGUGAAGAGCAGCUUUCGAAUAGAAUAAAGGAUCUGGAGUUUGACGUAAAAAGUACAAAACUUAAAUUUGAACAGCAAAUGGCGGAAAAUGACAAACUCCAUCAAAUGGUUCAAGAUAUCCAAGCGAAGUACGAAGAAGUGGAGCGUCACCGCAUUGAACUGAAGCAAGAAAUUAAAGCUCUCAAAGCUAAAGAGAGCAGUCUUCUGAGUGAACUUGAUGAGCUCGAAUCGGAAAAUCUAGACCUUCAAAAGAGUGUCCUGGCGCUGAAAACCAGUCAAAUUGAAUUUGAAAGUCUUAAACAUGAAAUGAAAAGAGGCCAGGAAGAGAAUGAUCUCCUUCAUGCGCAAUUAGAAGAGAUAACACGUCUGAAGCGUAUCACUGAAAAGUCUCUCGAAGAAGCUCUGGAAUCUCUUCAGAUUGAGCGUGAUCAACGACAUAACCUUAAGAAGGAACUUGACAAUCGACUUGCCAUUGAGUCCAUAUAUCAGUUCAAUUCCAUUCAGAACGAGUAUGCUAAAUCUGCUCAAUCUCAACUAAUCAGUCAGUCUGUAUCGAAUGAUUUCUCGUCGAGCUCCCAUUUAUGUAAGCAUGAAUAUACUAUAUUUUCCGCAAGUCCUAUGAGCAUGUCUAUUUUUGUCUUUAUUGCACUUGGUUUGCCUCUCACUGCCUAUAACCAAUCCACUGGCUGUCAGAAUUAUUAA